AUAGGUUUCUGAUUCUCUGUUCUCACAGUCACAGAGCGAGAGAGAGAGAGAGAUGGAUCCAGACGCAGUUAAAUCGAAACUGUCCAAUUUAGCAUUCGGAAAUGUAAUGGCAGCUGCUGCUCGUAAUUACCAGAAGGAGUUGCUUGCUCAGGAGAAGGCUCAAGCAUCCUCUACAUCCAACCAAGAGGUUGAUUUUGAUGAGUUGAUGGAUGACCCAGAGCUGGAAAAAUUGCAUGCAGACAGGAUUGCAGCCCUCAAGAAAGAAGCUGAGAAGCGGCAAGCUUUGACGAGGCAGGGUCAUGGAGAAUACAGGGAGAUAUCUGAAGGGGACUUUUUAGGUGAAGUCACUGGUAGUGAAAAUAUUAUCUGCCACUUUUACCACCGGGAGUUCUAUCGUUGCAAGAUACUGGAUAAGCAUUUGAAGUCUCUUGCACCGAGGUACAUUGAUGCCAAGUUCAUCAAGCUGGAUGCUGAGAAUGCACCCUUCUUUGUUGCCAAGCUAGGAAUCAAAACUCUGCCAUGUAUCAUAUUGUUCAGAAAAGGGAUCGCUAUAGAUAGGCUGAUUGGCUUCCAAGACCUGGGUGGCAAAGAUGAUUUUACAACAAAUACUUUAGAGAAUGUACUCAUCAAGAAAGGCAUAAUUAGUGCAAAGAAAGUUGGAGAGGAUGACGCAGACAAUGAUGAAAUUGACAUAGGCAGGUCAAUACGGUCCUCGGUACAUGCUGAUUCUGAUUCAGAAUGAAUAGGAAAAAGAA